ACUAUCACCUCCCCCAUAUUUUUAUCUUUUUGAACAGAAGCUAUGUGUUGAUCGGAACUUUAGUUCCUAGAUCACCGAAGAACACCAGAAGAAACCAAUUUCGACUCCCUUAUUCGUCACGAUGGCGAACCAAGGCGAAGGCAACUCUCCUCCUCCCAUGGAGGUUGUCGACGAUACUCCAACACUGGAAGAACAAGUUCAUUCUCUCCAGGAACAACUACUCAUUAGCGAACAGCACAUCAAUCACCAACAAAUCAUCAUUCAAGAUGUUGAACAAUUUCGUGCACAGAUUCAGACUUCUUUUAGCCAUAUCCUUACUAGCACCACCGAUGCGUUUAACAAUGAACUUCGCUGCCGAUCUUCAUCGUUUCAGCACCCUCAUUCUGACAAUAAUCGAGUUGUCUAUGCCCUCUCUUACAUGAAGACUGGCACAGCCGGCAAGUGGGCACAACUUUAUGAUAAGAAACUGGCCGACCCCAAUCUUCCUCCUCCCACUUGGGCCCAAUUUGAAAUUGACCUUUGCGCCAAGUUUGCUGAUCCUAAUCCCAAAGCUACCGCCCAGCGCAAGAUUAAAACUCUCCACAUGGAUGGUACUUGUGACGAUUAUGUCCUCGCCUUCGAAACCUACGAGGAUGAUACCGGGUACAACGAUGAGGCUCUUCUCGGCCACUUCAAGACAGGGUUACCUUAUGCCUUGCGAAAGCAAGUUGCUACCAACGGCAACCCUGCUACCCUCAUUCUCUGGAAGAGAAAAGCCCUAGCUCAUGAUAGGGAGUGGCGCGCUUAUGAAGCCGACGAGAAAUUAAUCGAUGUGAGAGCUCGUACCUCUACGAAGGGCAACACCAAUGCUUCUACUAGCGGAUCUACAUCUGCCAUGUCUGCAUCUACUUCUCAGACCCCUGCUCAUUCCGACGGUACGGGUACAACCUUUGGUGGAUCAGGUGAACCGAUGGAUAUCGAUGCCUACUGUAGGGCCGGCAAGUGUUUUACUUGUGGCGAGAAGGGUCAUGUUGCUCGCGCCUGCCCUAAAAACAAGGGUUUCAGUAUUCGUCACCUCGCUGGUAUCGUCAGCGUUGAGGAAGCAAGGGGAUUUGUCAAGGAAGUUGAGGACAAAGUGGAAGAAGAGAAUGGAGGAGAUGUCGAAAGCAAGCACGAUGACUCUUCUGACGAGGAUUUUUGAAGCGGUCUAGGGGGGACGCGUCCCCAAAGACCAACGACUCUUGUGUACAUAAAAACAAAAACCAGAUCUUCUC